GUUAUUGUUUUCCAACUCGUCGAACGAUUAAUCAUGUCAACAUGGCGGCCAAACAUUGGCAAGAAAGAGUCUUUUCUCGAUUUUUUCACGUUUUUAUAACAGUAGGGAUUGUCCUUAUCCUACUAUUAAAGGAUACAGAAUUGAAACGUUCGGUGUUUGAGGGACAUUGGAUUUACGCUUCGUUGUUUCUUGGACUUGUCUUUGUCGGUUUUAUAUUUUAUUUUGUUGCCAGUUUUAUCGAUCCUGGCUAUCUGGAAGUGAAAAGUCAAAACAGCAUAUUGAUUUCAUACGAAAAAGUAGAAGCUGAAGCAGAAAGCCAGUCAGAGGAAGAAGGAAACACAGAAGAAACAUGCACAAUCCUUGCAAGCCCACCAUUUGGUAGCCGAUUGCGCCGAUGUGGUUAUUGUUCWUUAGUUCAGCCGUUAAGAGCUAAGCACUGUGAGGAUUGUGGGAAGUGUGUGCGUCGRUAUGACCAUCACUGUCCCUGGUUAGGAACUUGUGUUGGCGAAAGGAAUCACAAGUUUUUCUGGUGUUUUUUACUUACUCAAAAUAUAAUUAUCCUUUGGGCGCUGUAUAUUAUUUG